AUGAAGCAAUGGAGACGCCGGCUCAUGCUAACAUUUAGCGCUAUUCUCGAAAAGGCAACCUGGAAUGAGGGAGCACAUGCCCUGGCCACGCCCAACGUCCAGUCUAAAUUGCUGGGCGACUCAUGCGCCAUAAUUCGACAGAACAAGAUGCAGGAUGGUGAAAUGUUAGACCAUGUGAACGUGGAGGAAUCAUGGGCCAGCGGACAAGCAAUCUUGUUCGGUACUGGCCACGCGUUGCACGGAAUUGCGUCUAGAAUGCCAGAAGAUGUGAUCUACCACCACGACUACGAAAGCUGA